UCUAUCUCUCUGAUCAAGGUACAGAAAAGCUAGACGCGGGUACAGACGCGCCUCAUCACCUCCCUCUAUUUUGCUGUCUUUAAAGCAGCCUUUCUAGUGUUUUACAGCUAAUCUAUACAAAUGCGUCACAGAGUCGACAUCUUCGGCAGAUGCCUUCAUCAGCCCAACAAAGAAUCAUUUUUUUCCAUUGCAUCUCACAAUCGCCCAUAAAUCGAAGGUAAUUUCUAACUUCUCCACCAUUUCCGUCUCCAUUUUUGUCUUGCUUUCGAGUAUUGGAAGUUAUUUUUAUUAAGCUCGUGUGAAGUUGAAUUAUAUGAGAUUUCCUAUUUUCAUAUCUCUACCGAUCCUUCACUGUCUUUCUGUCUUCGGUAUACAUGCGCGGUGGGAACGGGCGUCGACUUAUCUGCCGACGGCUGUAAUUGCGGCCGUCCGGCGAUCCACAGCACUUCUUAUUAUUCUACUCCUUACAGUAGGGCAGUGAGAGUGUUAUAUUCACGCGCUGAGGAUUUUCUCGGUGCUCCUCUCUGACUUCCAUUGAAAGGGGAGGAAGGAGAUAGAUCGAAUAGAGGGCUUUUUCAACGCUUUUUGGAGAACAAAAGAAAGGCAAUCAUACACAAGUCAAUUUCCUUUUCAGACAGCUAAUUGCUGCCGCCGAGUGGCACCGACGAAGUGAAUUUGGCAGUGAGGCCACUAGGAUAUUUUCGAUUCUUGACUUUUCUUUGAAUUUACUCAUUUACAUGCUAGGUAUUUGUCAAUAGAUAAUGAAACAGUAAGAGAGAGAAAUAGAUCAUUAGAUCUUAUUCCCUUUUUACGUACAGUAAUCAAUAAUGGCCGCAUAAAUUAAUUAGCACCUAAUCAUUCCGUCUUCGUGCUUAUUAUGAUUACUACUCCAUAUUUUUUCUGAGUGUGCUAUUACUUCUUUUAUUUUUUGAGUAUUAUUAUUGUUAUUACGGAGUAGUAUUUUUGUUGUUAUUAUUUUUAAUAUUAUUGGCAUUAUUAUUAUAAUAUUAUUAUCACUAUUAUUAUUGUGUGUUCAAUUGAGGGGUAUACUUGACAUGUGAAUAUGGAUAUAUAAAGUAUUGGAAAAUUAAUCACAUAAGUAUCCAAAUCACAUAACAUCACACAAUAAGUCUAUAUUUUAUUAAUAAAAUAUAUUUUAAUUUAAUUUUUUCAUAAAUAAGCAUAAUCACCCAAUAAAGCCACUUCAUCCAGAACUUCGAGCCCGGUUGGUUACCCCUUUUUUUUCGGCUUAUAAGACUUAUUGACUUAUUGGCCAUCUUUUUCAUCAAACACGUAAUUUUUUAUUUCGCGCGCUGAAGUUUGUAAUAAGUAGAAAAAGUAAGGUUGAAGUUACUUUUCUGUCUGUUCUGACUGAAGUUACCGUAGAGGAUCAUUUUAAAUAUUUUUUUCAUAUAAUUUUUUAUUUAAUUUAUUAAUAACAACUAUUUUAAAUAUAAUUUUUUCAUGAAUCAGCAGAAUCAGCCAAUACAAACACUUCAGCCAGAACUUCAUAAAUUUCAGCAGAAUCAGCCAAUUCAGCCAAUUUUAGUGUUACUAAAUGGGUUCAUCAUAAAUUUCAGCAGAAUCAACCGAUUCAACUGAUUUCAGUAUUACCAAACAAGCUCUACUAACUUAUUUAGGGGAAGUGAUUUUCUAGAAUAUAAUAUAUCCAUUUUUUUCUUUUGCAACACAUUAUCUAUCUAUUUUUUUUAAUCUUUUCACACACAGACUCCACCUUUUGUAGCUACACUUUUUCACAACUUUUAUAGUCAGCUCUUCGGAGUCGGCCACCUUUUCCACACCUAUUUACUAUACGGGUCAUUCUCCUACCGCCUUAUGACGCCUUGUAGAACAUUGGUUAAAAAAUAAAAACUACACUCUACAUUUGAAAGAAGGCCAUGUUUGUUAAUUAAUUUUGGAAGUGUGACUCUUCUUUUGGAUAGUCUAGUUCAAUGUUAUGGUAAGGUUGACAAUGUAACCAUCAUCGGGUUCCAUACUUCCAUCUGGUUCUAGAUCAGUAUGUUAGCCUAUUUUUAAAACAAAAGGUCUGGUCCCAUCCGUGUCUUACUUUCGAGGAAUCAGAACAGUAAACAUGGCUCGGUCUGUUGGUUUAGUCUCCUGGACCAUGUCCACCCCCUAAACGGAGGUGGAACUUACAAGCUCUAACAAUGUCAGGUUUCUAAAAAGUGUUACUACCUCCGUUCCUAUUAAAACUUCCAAAUAGGUUUGGCACAGAGUUUAAGAUAGUGGUUAUUGUGUGGUGGAGAGUUAUGCAGAGGAGAGAGAAAUGUGUAAGAAAUGUUGUGAACCACAAAUUCUUUACUAAAAAGGGAAAGUUGAAGUUUUAAUUGGAACGGAUGAAAAAGGAAAGUUGGAAGUUUAUUUAGGAACGGAGGGAGUAUUUCCUAAAAAGGUAGUGGAGCCAAGCGCCAAUGCGGGGUUUGGGGAAGAGGGUCAAGACGAAAUCAAUUGCGGAGUAUAAAAGAAAACAACGGACGGUCAAGGGGGUUUGGAAUGUCUAGAUGGACUGUUUAGGGAUGUUUAGAAUAGAGAACAAUGUGUAUCUUUAUUUGAUGAUUUUGUUGUGUACAGGAAUAACAUAGACUGAUGAACACUGUAAUGGAAGACAAGAGGCUAAACCUAAACCAACCUUUUCUCUCUGUAAGACGAACCGAUAGGCCAACUGACACUUCCACUCCCCCUCGCCCUCGCCCUCCAUACAAAUCGAAACUAAACUCGGGACCUUUGAGGGAUCCGGGAGUUGUGCCCUUCCGCUGGGAGCACAGCCCUGGAAGACCAAAACACGAAACUCAUCAUACAUCUGCUGUCUCUGUUGGUAAGGCGUCUCCUCCCAUUAUUCCAAAACUCCCCCCAGGCAGAACUUCAAAAGCAGACCAGCAACAACGCCUUAAUAGUAAAGGUUCUGAAAUGGAAAACAUUUCUCAACAUGAGUCAUUGAGAAAAAAGAUGGUGAAACCAAUUAGUUUUAGCAGUUCAAAUGGUAGCAUUGAAGAUGAAGAAGAAAAAGAAGAAGAGAGAGUGGAAUCAUCAUCUGAUGAAGAUGAAACUUACGUAGAUGCCCUUGACACGAUAUCAAGCAAACCUGAAUCAGCUUUCCUGAAUCAUAGUACUGCUAAUGGCUUUAGUGGAUUGAAUGAACCAAACGGGACCUUCACGGCAGAUCUCCAAACUCGAGAUUUCAUGAUUGAUCGGUUUCUGCCUGCAGCCAUCUCAAUGGCUACAGAAAUGCCUUCACAUGCUCCCAGGAAGCAAUCUGUCGUUCUGGAACAACCAAGAAAUCAUCCAGUCAACACAGUAAAUGCAGAUAGGCAGCGACCUCAACUGCGUUAUGGGCCCAGUUUUGCACGCCACUAUUACCAAUCUCAUGAUUACGCAGAAGUAAUAAAUGACAAUGAUGACGAAGAUGGUCAUGAUAAUGAUGGAUAUUUACCUCCUAAAGCAUGUGGUUUAAUACCCCGUUUUUGUUUGAAAGGUUCAUUUUUUCUAAUGAAUCCGCUACCCGGUAUGAGUGCAAGGACUCGAGUCCCUAUGUCUCCUAGCAGCAGUAGAAUGCAGACUGGAUCCUCAUCUGCUGGAUCUUGUAGUGGAACAGAGAAUGAGCGAUCAGCAUCUGAUGUAAGCGAGCGUCAGCCAGUUAUUGGAUUUCUAACAGCAGAAUCUCAUGAAGACAAUAAUGAAUCAGAUGAUGAAUUCAAAAAGAGAAUUACCCAAAACAUUAAUGAUAAAAAUGUUGAUGGACGUCAUUUCAUUGGGCUGGAUAAACGAAAAUGCAAAAAUUCUGUGGAGUCCUUGAUGGAUAAGAGUAAUAUUGUAGCACCAGAAGAUUCUGACAGUUGUGCAAUUGUAGAGAAAACUCUUUAUGUAGUAGAUACUCUGCAAGAGACAAAGGGAGCACAGUUUAUUAAAGAGGACCAUGAACUUAUGAAGCCUAAGGGAAAACAGAAUAAAAUGGAAGCUUUUCCUUUCAUAGAAGCUAGCACAGAUGAAGGAACCGAUAUAAAGCACAUUGUCCACGAAACUGCUGAUCUCAAACCGCUACUUUCAGCUGAUAAAUUGAACUCUGAAUCUAGAAGAAGACCGAUUCAGGCUUAUGGAAAAGACCAAUUCUUCACAAACACAUCAGUGAUGCCUAACAGUCGAGCGGAUGAAAGUUACAUUGAGGGAACAGAGAGAUUGAAGAAGUCAGUAGAGUUCCCAAUACCACCACCUUUACCCAUGUCUCCAUCAGAGUCAUGGCUUUGUCGCACUUUGCCUUCACUCUCAACAAAGCGUUCAUCACUACAGCGGACCUAUCUUAUUGGAAACGGGAAUCCUCGGAAUGUGGCACCCAAGGUCACUUCAGGAGAUUCAAAAUGGGAAACAAUGGUUAAAACAACAAAGGGGCACCACCAGCAUUUGCGAUACUCUCUGGAGCUAAUGGCAUUGCCACCUAUUCCAGAAACUCAGUAGUAGUGUGAUGUGCACUUGCUAUUACUUGUACUCGAGUCACCAUUCCAAUGGAUUCCAAGGUGAACAAAAGUCAACUACAGUUUUUUGUGCUGCAAUAUAAUGCAGUUUUUUUUCAUACCACUCCAGUGGGAGCCAUAAUUGUAUAUCUUUUUACACCCGUUUCCUGCCAUGUAAUUAUGUACGGCUGCAUUUCCCCUCUUCACAUGCCAUCUUGUUGGCUACUUUAAUGCUGAUGUCCGAAGGACUGGUUGGUUUGUAAAGAGACUAAAACAUACUUCAAUAAUAAAUAAAUGUUUACUUACAA